AUGACCGCCACUGGCAAAAUCAAGCAUAAAAAGAUCAGCUGCAUCCCCCAGAAUCAUGAGAAGUACAUUUCAUUUUCGCUAGGGAAACUAGACUUCGUAGACACAUUUCAAUUUUUGUCAACUUCCCUUGACAAACUCUCUGCCAAUCUCGGAAAAGAAGGCAUCCAUAAGUUUCCUCAUGUACGAGCUUACGUUGCCUCCUCUCAUCCUGGAAAUGAGCAAUCAAAACUCCAGUUGCUCAGUAGAAAAGGAGUUUAUCCGUAUCGAUACAUGAACUCCUUUAAAAGAUUUCAGGAGUCGACACUCCCACCCCAACGGGCUUUCUACAAUGAUCUAGACGGAAAGACCGUGUCUGAUAAAGACUAUGUACAUGCACAGUGGGUGUGGGACGUUUUUCAAAUUAAAAAUUUAGGACAAUACCACGAUCUGUACAUGGAGACAGACGUGCAUCUUCUCGCAGACGUGUUUGAAAAUUUCCGAAGUCUUUGUCUUGAAAUGUACGGUCUCGAUGCGGCUCAUUUUUACACGGCCCCGGGAUUAGCUUGGCAGGCCGCUCUGAAAAUGACGGGCGUGGAGCUCGAGUUAUUAACAGAUCCGGACAUGCAUCUUUUCGUGGAAAAAGGGCUCAGGGGUGGUAUUGCUAUGAUUUCUAAAAGGUACGCGAAAGCCAAUAUUCCCUAUCUAAACGACUACGAUCCGCAUCAACCUUCAAACUAUCUGAUGUACUUAGAUGCUAACAAUCUGUACGGGUGGGCCAUGAGUCAACCUCUACCAACUCAUGAUUUUUGUUGGCUUACCUCUGACGAGAUAGAGGGGGACACUGGCUAUAUCUUUGAAGUAGAUCUGAAAUAUCCCUCGGAAUUGCAUGACUGCCACAGUGACUAUCCGUUAGCUCCCGAAUCAUUUAAAAUAAAACCAGAGAUGCUUUCACCAUAUCAGAAAGACCUUUUAACUAGGCUUGGAAUGAAAGAUGGCUCUGCCACCAAGUUAGUUCCAAAUCUUUUUGAUAAAGAGAAAUAUGUUGUCCACUACAGAAAUUUGCAACUCUACCUGGCUUUGGGAAUGAGACUGACCAAAGUCCAUCGGGUACUGUCUUUUAAGCAGAGCCCUUGGCUGAAAACUUAUAUCGAUUUCAAUACGACAAUGCGAAAAGGGGCCAAAAACGAGUUUGAGAGAGAUUUUUUCAACCUCAUGAAUAACAGUGUUUUCGGGAAGACCAUGGAAAAUCUGCGGAAAAGGGUGGACAUUCAACUCGUUCACAAGAAGAAAAGACUCUUAAAGCUUUCGGCUAAACCUGGGUUUAAAUCCUUCAAGAUCUUCAACGAAGAUCUUGCUUCUGUAGAGCUUACCAAACAAAAGUUGGUCCUCAACAGACCAAUUUAUGUGGGGUUUUCCAUUUUGGAACUUUCCAAAGUCUUGAUGUACGAUUUCCACUACAAUUACAUCAAGGAAAAGUAUGGUAAUCGCGCCGCUCUCUGCUUUACAGACACAGACUCUUUGUGCUACGACAUAUCCACCGAGGAUGUGUAUGUAGAUAUGAUGGAGAGUCAGCAUUGCUUUGAUUUCAGUGAUUACCCCGUAACACAUUUUCUUCAUAGCAAUGUCAACAAAAAGGUCUUAGGUAAAAUGAAGGAUGAAUGUCAAGGUCAUAUCAUGCGAGAAUUCGUAGGUCUAAAGCCCAAGAUGUACAGUUUCAUUUACGAAAAGAAAAUAGUUCAAAACGAGAACGAAUUUAUUUGUCAAGAAGAAAAGAAAAGAGCCAAGGGCGUGAAAAAGGCAGUCGUGCAAUCGAGCAUACAACACGAAAACUAUAAAAAUUGUCUUUUAAAAAAAGAGUUUCAGAUGGAGUCGAUGGUGACGUUCAGAUCAUUUAACCACCAUAUAUACACUGUUGUUCUAAAUAAAACCAGUCUGAGCCCCUUUGACGAUAAGAGGCACAUUCUUCAGGACGGUAUUCACACCUUAGCUCAUGGUCAUUUUAAGACUUAA